AUGAGCAUGGCAGAUUACAACCGCCUCCCUCCCGAUGUUGUCCUCUUCGGCCCCGAUGGCAAUUGCACGCUCGAAAUAUGCCCGAUCGAGGCCAGCCUCUACGGCUACCGGCCCAGGAUGAGCGCAAGCAUCGCGUUCAUCGUCCUCUAUGCCCUCUCGGCCUGCAUUCACAUCUACCUCGGCUGGCGGUGGAAGAAAUGGUUCUUCAUGAGCUGCAUGGUCCUGGGUGCUCUGGACGGCAUUGCGGGCUACACGGGCCGGAUCUUAUUGUACAACAACCCCUUCGACUUUACUGGAUUCAUGCUUCAGAUUAUCUGCAUCACGAGCACGCCCGUCUUCUUCACGGCAGCCAUCUACGUCUCUCUCGCGGCCACGAUCGAAUACUUCGCCCCCGAGGUCUCCCGCUUCCGACCCCGCCUCUACUACUGGAUCUUCAUCCCCGGCGAUCUGAUCUGCUUGGUGAUACAGGCCGCGGGCGGCGCCAUGUCGACGACCUCCUCGGGAGCCAGCCAGACCGGCGUGGACCUGGCCCUCGCAGGGCUGGUGCUGCAGGUCGUCUUCAUGCUGGUCUUCUGCGCCCUCUUCGCCGACUACCUCAUCCGGUACCACCGCUUUUCAAAGACGUCCGCCGUGGGCGGCGGGGGCCCAAAGUUCACACGGCGCCUGAAGGUCUUCUUCGGCUUCACGGCCACGGCGACGCUGCUGAUCCUCGUGCGCUGCGCGUACCGCCUCGCGGAGCUGCACGAGGGGUACGGCGGCGAGCUGGUCAGGGACGAGGCGCUGUUUAUCGGUCUCGAGGGAGUGUAA